AUGGAUCACCAUCUGAUAGAUUUGGAUGUUUCAGGAGUUUUAGCCCCAAACAGUUUUGCUGCUUAUCUAAGUUUAGACAUCUGUGCCACGUGCCACGAACAUGCCACCUGCAAGGAAAGAGAAGGGAAGAAGAUGUGUAUUUGCAAAUAUGGAUUUGUGGGCAAUGGGCGGACUCAGUGUAUUGAUAAAAACGAGUGCCAAUUUGGGGCCACUGUGGUCUGUGGGAACCACACAUCUUGCCACAACACGCUGGGAGGCUUUUAUUGCAUCUGCCUAGAAGGAUAUCGAGCCACAAACAACAACAAGACAUUCAUUCCCAACGACGGCACCUUUUGCACAGACAUAGAUGAGUGUGAGGUGUCCGGCCUGUGUGGGCAAGGAGGACGGUGUGUGAACACUCAUGGGAGCUUCGAAUGCUACUGUAUGGAUGGAUACUUGCCAGAGAGUGGCCCCGAGCCUUUCCACCCAACCAGAGAUGCCACGUCAUGCACAGAAAUAGACUGUGGCACUCCUCCUGAGGUCCCAGAUGCCUAUAUUAUAGGAAAUUAUACCUCUGGGCCUGGCAGCCAGGUGCGUUAUGCUUGCAAAGAAGGGUUUUUCAGUGGCCCGGAAGAUAUAGUUUCAAGCUGCACAGCCUUGGGCACAUGGGAGUCCCCCAGAUUAAGUUGCCAAGAGAUCAGCUGCGGCCGUCCUCCGGAAGUGCAGCAUGCGUCCCUGGUGGGGAAUCACAGCUCCAGCCUGGGCAGUGUGGCUCACUACGCCUGUCAAGAGGGCUUUGAGAGCCGUGGGGGCAAGAUCACUUCUGUGUGCACAGAGAAAGGCACCUGGAGAGAAAGUACUUUGACAUGCACAGAGAUAAUUAUAGAAAUUAACGAUGUGUCAGUGUUUAAUGACACCUGUGUGAGGUGGCAGAUACACCCAGGAAGAAUGAACUCCAGGAUCGUAUAUGUGGUACAUGUGAAAGGACACCGGGCAGACCCUAUAGAAUCAGUUCAUGAGGAGAGAGUCAACCUGACCACAGACAGCAGGACCCCACAAGUGUGCCUAGACCUGUACCAAGGCACCAACUACACCGUGACCAUCUCCACUGCCCCUCCCAAACGCUCCAUGCCAGCCAUCAUCAGGUUCCAGACAGCAGAAGAUGAUCUCUUAGAAGAUGAUGGAAUUUUCAAUGUCUCACUAUUUAAUGAAACUUGUUUGAAAUUGAACAGGCAUUCUAGGAAAGUUGGAUCAGAACAAAUGUACCAAUUUAAAAUUCUGGGCCGAAGGUGGUAUCUGAGUGAUUUUUAUCACGCAGCAUCAUUUAACUUCACAACGGGGGAACGAGCUUUGGUGGUGUGUUUGGACCUGUACCCGGCAACUGAUUACACAGCGAAUAUCACCCUGCUGGGGUCGCCGGAGCAGCACUCAGUGCAAGUCAUGGUAACAACUGCACCUGCAGUUAAACAGACCAUCAGCAACACUUCAAUAUUUAAUGAAACCUGCUUGAGAUGGAGAAACGUGAAGAUAGCUGGUAGAGAGGAAAUGUAUUUACUCCGCAUUCAGGGCCGGAGAUGGUAUCAGGAGGAGUUUGCCGAGGAAAUCACCUUUAAUAUCACCAGCAGCAGCCAGGCCCCUGAGACGUGCUUAGACCUGCGUCCGGGUACCAACUACAGUGUCAGCAUUUACGCUUGGUCUUCUGUCCUUCCCGUGCUCAUCUCCCUAAUAACCCAGAUAACAGAGCCCCCCCUUCCGGAAGUAGAUUUUUUCACAGUGCACGGAGGGCCUCUCCCACGCCUGAAACUGAGGAGAGCCAAGGAGAACAACGGGCCUAUCAGUUCCUAUCAGGUGUUGGUGGUUCCCCUGGCCCUCCAAAGCACAUUUUCUUGUGACUCUGAAGGGGCGACCUCAUUCUUUAGCAAUGCUUCUCAUACCGAUGGCUAUGUGGCUGCAGAACUACUGGCCAGACAUGUUCCAGAUGAUGCCAUGGAGAUCUCCAUUGGAGACAGGCUGUAUUACGGGAAAUAUUAUAAUGCACCCUUGAAAGCAGGGAAUGAUUAUUGCAUUAUAUUACGAAUCACAAGCGAGUGGAAUAAGGCGAGAAGAUGCUCCUGUGCAGUUUGGGCUCAGGUGAAAGAUUCAUCACGCACGCUGCAGCAGAUGGUAGGCGUUGGGCUGGGCUCCGUGGCUGUUGUGAUGGUGCUUGCGUUCCUCUCCUUCUUAGCCGUGUGAUGGGUGCUACGUGGGGCGGAUGCACUGCUGUGGCAGAUGUUAUGACAGCUUCUCAGGUGUCUGCACAGAGCACCUUCCAUCCAGGUGCGUGGCUUCCAUCCAGGUGUGUGGGGGCCUGUGGACAUUCUCCAUUCCCAGUUUGGCCCCGUUCCUGGAUUCAAGAUGGUAACUAUGGAACCCCCCAAAAGGAGGAAACUCAGGAAUUGCUGAUGUCUCCCCUGCUACAUACACGACCAGUUUGGUGUCUAUAAACUUGAGACCCUUGAUAUAUGAUGGAAUAUUGACCACGGGCUACAGAUCACGUGGGCUGGGCCUGCAUCUUCCUCUGAGUGAGGCCCGAGAGACAGCUCCUCCAGACAUUGAAUGCAAGAGGAUCUCUGUGUCUUCUUUUAUAGCAUCUUUGUUAAUUAAUUUGGAAUCCAUUCUUUUACAAUAAGCAAUGGAUGGA